AUGGCAACCACUUCAAAAUCAAUAGCUAUAUUUGGAGGUAAUGGUUUUCUAGGUAGAAAAAUAUGUGAAGUAGGAAUAAGUAGAGGUUAUGACGUUACAUCAUAUUCAAGAUCAGGUAAACCACCACAAGCAGUUCUUAAUCCAACAACAAAAGAAGAACCACGAUGGGUUCAAAAAGUGAAAUGGGAAAAAGUUGAUAUAUUCCAACCACAAGAAAUUAAAUCACAAUUGAAAAAAUAUGAUACUAUAGUUCAUUCAAUAGGAAUGUUAUUUGAAGAUAUAUCAUAUAAAAAAUCAAUGAAUUCUUCUACAUCAAAUUUUAUGGCAUUUGGAGAUUUUACAAGAAUGAUUAAUUCGAUAAUGGGAUCGAAUCCAAUGCAAAAAGAUAAAAAAAAUAUGAGUUAUGAAACUGUUCAAAGAGAUUCUGCUGUUAUGAUUGCUGAUGAAUACAUUAAAGCUAGAGAAUCUGUCAUAACUACAAAAGAUAACGAACCUGUUGGAAAUUAUGUAUAUAUAUCAGCUGAUAAAAACCCACCUAUUAUACCGGAACGUUAUAUUAUUACCAAAAGAGAAGCAGAAUUUGAAUUAUCAAAUAAACCACAUUUAAGAAAUAUAAUUAUGAGACCUAGUGCAAUGUAUGAUGAAACUCAUAAUUUAGGAAUGACUAAAAGAGAUAUAAUAAUGAAAGGAUUAAGAUUUAGUGUUGGUUUGAAAAACUCAGUGUUGGGUCAUAAUUUUUUGUCAAAUUUAGUGAGACCGGUCGUAAGUACUACACAAGUUGCUGAAGCUUUGUAUGAUAAAUUAGAACAACCUGGGUUUCAAGGCGUUGUUCCUGUUGAAUUCAUUGAAAAAGAACCAAAUUGA